AUGCCCCACCCUCUCUCGCCGGAGGUCUUCUUCGACAUCACCAUCGGCGGGCUGCGAGCCGGUCGAAUCCGCAUGAAGCUGCAUGCCCACACCGUGCCAAAGACGGCGGAGAACUUCCGCUGCCUGUGCACUGGCGAGAAGGGCAUCGGCCGGGAGGGCAAGCCGCUGCACUUCAAGGGCUCGACGUUCCACCGCGUAAUCCCAGGGUUCAUGUGCCAGGGCGGCGACUUUACCAAGGGCAACGGCACCGGCGGCGAGUCCAUCUACGGCGCAAAGUUUGACGAUGAGAACUUCACGCUGCGACACGAGGCGCCUGGCACCCUCUCGAUGGCCAACUCGGGCCCCGGCACCAACGGCUCGCAAUUCUUCCUUUGCACCGUCAAGACGGACUGGCUGGACGGCAAGCACGUCGUGUUUGGCGAGGUGAUCGACGGGAUGGAGGUGGUCAAGACGAUCGAGGCGGUCGGCUCGCAGUCGGGCAAGACCUCGAAGCCAAUCGUGAUCUCCGACUGCGGCCAAAUUCGCUGA